AUGAAAAACGCCCGGGGCGCGGUCAUCUAUGUUGGCAAGGCCGCGGUGCUGCGCAAUAGAUUGCGGUCCUACUUCGGCUCACCGGCCGGCCUGGAUCGGAAAACGCGCCGAAUGGUCAGCGAGCUGGCGGAUUACGAGUACAUCGUAACGGACACUGAAGCCGAGGCGCUGAUACUUGAAAAUACACUGAUCAAACGACACCGGCCCUACUUCAAUGUGCGGUUGAAGGACGAUAAAACUUACCCGUACCUCAAGGUCGACCUCGCCGAAGAGUUCCCGCGGGUUUACAUUACCAGAGGCGUUCACCAGGAUGGGGCGCGGUAUUUUGGACCCUUCGCCAGCGCAGGGAGCGUGCGUCAGUCGAUGGAUUUGGUGAAGAAGCUGUUUCCGUACCGCUCCUGCACUAAAAAGAUAACAGGCACCGACCCCCGGCCAUGCCUCGAAUACUACAUUAACCGUUGUGUUGGUCCCUGCGCCGGAUUGGCCAGCCGCGAGGAAUAUGCGGAUGUCGUGCAGCACGUCAUCCUCUUUCUGGAGGGGAACACCGAGCUGGUGACCGGGCAGCUUCGAGGCAAGAUGGCCGAAGCUGCGGAUCAACUGGAAUUUGAACGUGCGGCGGCGUUGCGCGAUCAGGUUGCGGCGAUCCAGAAAUUCGAAGAAGAACGCACUGUAAAGGUCGACUCGCCGCGGAUGACCGACCUGGACGUGAUCGCGUUAGCGAUGGCUGCCAACGAAACGUGGGUAGAGAUAUUUUUCGUGCGUCGGGGGAAACUCAUCGGUCGGGAUCACUUUUUCAUGGAUGGCCCGCAGGAUGACGAGCCCGGUGAAGUCAUCGCGCAGUUCGUGCAGCAGUUCUACGCCACAGCCCUGGAGGUGCCUCCCACUAUUCUGGUGCAACACGACCCACCUGACGAUGAUGCCCCGCUGUUGCAGGGUUUUUUGAGACAAAGAAGAAACGGUGCGGUGCGAAUAAUGCGUCCCCAGCGGGGAGAAAACCGCAAGCUGAUGCAGGUGGUUGCUGAAAAUGCUGCAGAGGGCCUGGCGCAACACCGGGUGAAGUGGCUGAACCGAUCGGACGCGAUUCAGGGGGCGUUGGCCGAACUUGAAGAAGAGUUGAGCCUGCCGGCUUUACCCCGCCGGAUGGAGUGUUACGACAUUUCUCACAUCCAGGGGAGCAACCUGGUUGGCAGUAUGGUGGUGUUCGAUAGCGGCAAACCGUUGAGCCGAGAUUAUCGGCGGUUCAAAAUCAAGGCGGUGGAAGGCGUAGACGACUAUGCCAGUAUGAAGGAGAUGUUAACCCGUCGGUUCAAGCGGCUGGGUGAGGCCAUCAAGAAUCCCGACCCCGAAGGCAAAGUGAGCGCUUGGGGAGUAAUCCCGGAUCUGGUUAUCAUCGACGGGGGCAAAGGCCACCUUUCGGCGGCCCAGGAGGUUAUGUUGCAUCUGGGACUGCAGCAUAUCCCGCUGUGUUCGUUGGCCAAAGAGAACGAAGAAUUAUUCGUGCCGCAUACGCCCGAAUCUAUCGUGUUGCCCAGGGAUUCUCAGGCACUGUACCUGAUGCAGCGAAUCAGGGAUGAGGCGCACCGUUUCGCCAUCAGUUUCCAUCGGAACCUGCGGUCCAAAGGAAGCCUGAAAUCUCCCAUAGAUAUGGUUACUGGCAUCGGUCCCAAACGCAAACGCAUGCUGUUGCGGCGGUUUGGUUCACUCCAGGGAAUUCGGGAGGCGAGCAUUGAAGAUAUCGCCACGGUACCAGGGCUGACCCGUUCGCUGGCUGUAAGAUUAAAACAAACCAUUUAG